AUGACUAGAAACACAGCUAAUCCCAGAAAAGUCUUUAAACGAAAGCAACGAGCAACAGAAAAUAACAACGAACUUGGAUCAAUCACUCUUCAGUACAACGGCAAACAUUAUGUUGUUGAGCUUCCCAACAACGCAGAUGCCUCCCUCAUCCGCCAGAUAAUCAAGGGUAAAACAGGCGUGGAAGGUGCAUUUUAUAUGCACUUCGGAGACCAGUUAACUAACUAUUUAUACUGUUCAAGUAUUACCAGGGGAAAUUUAGCUAAACUAGCAGGAGGAUAUGGUAAGUUUUGGAAAAAAUCAAUUCGAUUUGUGACUUAAAGAAUUCAAUUCGCAGUUUUGUAUGUAUUGUUUGGAAACAGAAUAUCGCAGUAAAAGUGUAAAAGAAAUAAUUGAUUGGCCCUGAUACGUAUACAAAAACAAAUUUUACCUCUAAAAACAUACUUAGACGCCCGAGAUCAAGUUGUCACGCGACCCACCACCAUAACUAGUGAACACCUGACUCUAUUAUUGUCUGUUAAAAAUUCAUUGUAAUUAUGUUAGAUUUAUUUUUCUUUAAUUGGAACUGCAAUUUUUAGGUAUUGUAAUUGCCACCAUUUUACGAGUUAGUUAGUUUUUGUUCUUUUUUUGUUUACGUAAAUUUCUGUUACAGCUCCUUUUUGGGGGGCGGAGCUGGCGGAGGGGGGAAGGCGAUGUCGCAACUGUUUUGUAAAUGCGAUCCAUUAUGACUCUUGAUGCGACUUUAACCGAAAAUCACGUUUUUCUUUAUUAGGUAUUCCAACAAAAGCUGACUUGAUUUCAAUAUGCUGAGAGAUGGCAGAAAACAGAUCAAGGAAGAACGUAAAGAGAACUUUACCAGAGGGUUUCGUAACCAGUACGGUGAAAAAGUUCGCCUGACUUCUGUACAAAGAUAAUCUGAGCUAACACGCAAACGAAAUCGGUGUCAUACAGUUUCUUCGCUCCACUUCACUUAUGAGACUGUGGGAUCAAUUAUCAUAUAUUUAUGAGCUCAAACUAGGCGUUAAGAAAAAAGAAGAACUAAUUAUAUAUCGUGGAAGCAUCUUGUAAAAAAAUUGGUGGGCAGAAGGCCCACACAAACUAGCUUGUAAAGGGGCCUGUAGCUGUGUGACUGCAGUACUCGAAUUGUAUAUAUUUGGACGAAAUGUGCAUAUGUCAUUUGCGGACUUGAGAGGUUCGGAUUGUGAAAUACCAUGAUGAUGUCAGCCGAGGUUGCAGGUUUAGGUCAGCAUUUUGAAGAUAAAUAAUAUGUAUUAUAGUUUUUGAUUCUACGGAAAAGGAAGAAGACAAAUCUGUUCAGUAUAGUAAAACGUCUAAAACUGGCUUCCAUCGCGAAAGCUUUCAUAUGACAAUCACCAUUUCUUACUGGGAAACAAAUACUGGUUGAUGAAGGCGGUGGAAGAAAUUGUUUGAAUUUAGAGGAAAUGUACAGGAAUAACGUAUCAAAUCAUUGCAUUGGUUGUAAGAUAAAAAUAAUAAACUUAUUUCGUGUCUGAAAUAUUGCUUUUUGUCGUUAGUGGUAACCGGUAGCGAAAAACGAGGUCCUUAGACCUUGACCCGAAAACAAAGACCCC